GCUCUUCCUCUCCCUGCGUCCCUCUGGCCAGACCUGCGUGGUUUAGCUUCGCGGGCUAGCCCGGCACAAUUUUCUCUUUCUCAAUUUAAUAUUUGACGAGCUCGGACUAGCAGCUAACAUCAUGUCUUACCACGAGGAAGAGGAAGUACGUACACAUUACGAUCCGUACGCCUAUCCAAACGACUACGAUCUGCACACCGGUGACCCUAAGGCAGACCUUGCCUAUGAGAGGCAGUAUGAGCAGCAGACAUACCAUGUCAUCCCAGAGGUCAUCAAGAACUUCCUGCAGUAUUUUCACAAAACCAUCUCUGAUCUGAUCGACCAGAAGGUCUACGAGCUGCAGUCAAACCGGGUGUCUAGCGAGAGCAUCGAGCAGAAGAUCUACGAGAUCCAGGAUGUCUACGAGAACAGCUGGAACAAGCUUACUGACCGUUUCUUCAAGACCUCUCCCUGGCCAGAGGCUGAAGGCAUUGCGUCACUUGUUGGCAAUGAUGCUGUGUUCCUUAUCCUUUACAAGGAACUGUAUUACAGACACAUCUAUGCCAAAGUCAGCGGUGGACCAACUUUGGAUCAGAGGUUUGAGUCAUAUUACAACUACUGCAACCUCUUCAACUACAUUCUCAACGCUGACGGCCCUGCUCCUUUGGAGCUGCCGAACCAGUGGCUGUGGGACAUCAUUGAUGAAUUCAUCUACCAGUUCCAGUCCUUCAGCCAGUACCGCUGCAAGACCGCCAAGAAGUCAGAGGAGGAAAUCGAGUUCUUGAGAAACAACCCGAAGAUCUGGAACGUCCACAGCGUCCUCAAUGUCCUCCACUCUUUGGUGGAUAAGAGCAACAUCAACCGUCAGCUGGAGGUCUACACCAGUGGAGGAGACCCAGAGAGCGUCGCCGGAGAAUACGGCCGUCACUCCCUCUACAAGAUGUUGGGUUACUUCAGUUUGGUCGGCCUCCUGAGGCUUCACUCUCUACUCGGUGACUAUUACCAGGCCAUCAAAGUCCUGGAGAACAUUGAGCUCAACAAAAAGAGCAUGUACUCUCGUGUGCCCGAGUGCCAGAUCACCACGUAUUACUACGUGGGCUUUGCCUACCUGAUGAUGAGGCGCUACCAGGACGCCAUUCGAGUCUUCGCUAACAUCCUGCUCUACAUCCAGAGGACAAGGAACAUGUUCCAGAGGUCGACGUACAAAUACGAGAUGAUUAACAAACAAAACGAGCAGAUGCACGGCCUGCUGGCGAUCGCUCUCACCAUGUACCCGAUGCGCAUCGAUGAGAGUAUUCACACCCAGCUGAGGGAGAAGUACGGAGACAAGAUGCUGCGUAUGCAGAAAGGAGAUCUGCAGGUGUUUGAGGAGCUGUUCAGCUUCGCCUGCCCAAAGUUCCUCUCGCCUGUGGUGCCAAACUAUGACAACGUUCACCCCAACUACCACAAGGAGCCUUUCCAGCAGCAGCUGAAGGUCUUUGCUGAAGAGGUGCAGCAGCAGGCCCAGCUGUCCACCAUCCGGAGCUUCUUGAAGCUGUACACCACAAUGCCAGUGGCUAAGCUGGCCGGGUUCCUGGACAUGACCGAACAGGAGUUUCGCAUUCAGCUGCUGGUCUUCAAGCACAAGAUGAAGAACCUGGUGUGGACCAGCGGCAUCUCGGCGCUGGACGGGGAGUUCCAGUCUGCCUCGGAGGUCGACUUCUACAUCGACAAGGACAUGAUCCACAUCGCAGACACAAAAGUCGCUCGUCGUUACGGAGACUUUUUCAUCAGACAGAUCCACAAGUUUGAAGAGCUGAAUCGGACCUUGAAGAAAAUGACCGUCACUGGCACCUCCUCGACAUCAGGGAGCGCCACAGCUCGGUGAGGCGGCACUGAAAGAAGACUCCUGAGUCACCAUCUGCCCGGUCUCUAAAGUUUCUUUUGGCAACUCAGAUUGAUAAAAGCUUUUCUAUGAACCCUGGUAUCACAAUAAAAGGAUGAAGUGGUCAAA